GCCAACGUAGCAGCGAUGGCGGCGGCAAAAGUACUCACCACAAUAGACCUCCUUGACAUGAUCUUGGUCUUCCAAGAUGGACUCGCGGCCGACUUGCUGCCCUUCCAUGCGUGGAACAUCAACCAUCCACGACUGCACCUCGUCGCGCCUUCAUUCGACAUCGCCGCGGCGGACCUCCGACAAUUAGACCGCCUGUUAGGGCCCUGGUACCGCGCGUACGGACUGCAUCGGUUGCACUCACAUCUUCUCGUUCGAUUCCCGCAUUGGGCGUCUGGAUGGAUCUGCCAACAUGCUGCAUGGAGCGGGAACCUUGCUGUGCUUCGUUCUCUGUCCCCGUGUGUGCUUGCUUCCACCAGCGACGUUUUGGACAUCGCGUCCGCCGCACGUCAACUGCAUGUUCUUGCCGCGCUGUCGCAUCUGUCUGUGAGUAGUCGCGCAUUUGACUGGGCCGCGGGACACGGAUACCUCGACAUGAUCCAGUGGUUGGCCGCCGCUCAUCCUUCUCCCGCGCUGUCCAUCAGUGCGAUUGUGUCGGCAUCGACCCUCGGACAUUUGCAUGUAGUGCAGUUUUUGCUUCCGUUCUACGCUGAGCCCACCCAGGACGCGAUGAAUGCCGCCGCGAUGCAUGGACACUUGAAUAUUGUGACAUUUUUACACACCAACGAAUGGCAUUGCAGCACGCUGGCAAUGGACAUGGCGGCCCACAAUGGACAUUUGAACAUUGUGCAAUUUCUACACGCCCAUCGCACCGAGGGCGCGACAACCCACGCGAUGGAUUACGCCGCGAAGAAUGGACAUUUGGAAGUUGUGAAGUUUCUGCAUCGCCACAGGUCCGAAGGGUGCACGACCAACGCAUUGAUGUCCGCAUGCCAGCGGCACCACGACGACGUGGUCCGAUUUUUAACUGCCAGAAACGCAAGAAACAACCAAUCCAAGGCCGACUCGAUACCAAACCAAUGUUUGCGAUGGAUUUUGUCCGUCUAAAUAGAGUGGUGCUGGUUGUAUUUAUGAUAGAUAACACGGCUCAGAGUUACGUAGCUAGCUGUACUGCACUGUUUGUACGGUAGUUGUAGUACAUGAACUUGCCAAUUG